CCGCCCCACUCCAGCCCCUCCCUCCGUCCCUCCCCCUCCCUCCGCUCAUCUCGCUUCGGCCAUGACGGUGGAACAAAAUGUUCUGCAGCAACACUCGCAGAAGCAUCAACAGACACUACUAAACCAGCUGAGAGAAGUCACGGGUACCAAUGACAUCCAAUUAUUGCAGCAAGCUCUUCAGGCCAGCAAUGGAGACCUUGCUGAAGCUGUGGCAUUUCUGACUGAGAAGAAUGCCAAAGCGCCACAACAGGAGGAAGCCUACUACCACACGGGACAGACAGGCAAUGAUCGCUACAUCAGUGUGGGAAGCCAGGCUGACACGAAUGUCAUUGACCUCACCGGAGAUGACAAGGAUGACCUGCAGAGGGCAAUUGCUCUAAGUUUGGAGGAAUCUAAUCGUGCAUUCAGGGAGACUGGUAUAACAGAUGAAGAACAAGCCAUCAGCAGAGUGCUCGAAGCCAGUAUCGCAGAAAACAAGGCCAGCUUGAAAAGAACGCAAGGAGAGGUGUGGAGUGACUCGCUUAACCCAUAUGAUCGGAAGAGACAGGAAAACUGCCCUGUGGGACUGAAGAACGUAGGAAACACUUGCUGGUUCAGUGCAGUCAUUCAGUCAUUGUUUAACCUGCUGAAGUUUCGAAGACUCGUCCUCAACUAUGUACCACCAAUUGAUCCACAGGAUGUGCCUCAUAAUCAAAAGGAGCGUCGGAAUCUACCAUUUAUGCGUGAAUUAAGAUAUCUAUUUGCGCUAAUGGUUAGCUCCAAGAGAAAGUAUGUGGAUCCUUCAAGAGCUGUGGAAAUUCUGAAGGAUACGUUCAAAUCCAAUGACUUGCAACAGCAAGAUGUGAGUGAGUUUACACACAAGCUUUUGGACUGGUUAGAAGAUGCAUUUCAGGUGAAGGCAGAAGAAGAGAGAGAUGGUGAAAAGCCAAAGAACCCAAUGGUGGAACUCUUCUAUGGGCGAUUUCUGGCUGUUGGGAUGCAUGAAGGGAAGAAGUUUGAGAACUCUGAGAUGUUUGGCCAGUACCCUCUGCAGGUGAAUGGAUUUAAAGAUCUCCAUGAAUGCCUGGAGGCUGCGAUGGUUGAAGGGGAGAUCGAGUCAGUACAGGUGGAAAAUUCUGUGACAUCCGCUAAGUCUGGACAAGAGCACUGGUUUACUGCACUCCCACCUGUACUAACUUUCGAACUUUCCAGAUUUGAGUUUAAUCAAGCUUUGGGAAGGCCUGAGAAGAUUCAUCAUAAACUGGAAUUUCCAUCAGUCUUGUACAUGGACAGGUACAUGGAUAAAAAUCGGGAAAUAACCAGGAUCAAACGGGAAGAGAUCCGACGUCUGAAGGAACAUCUCACAGUACUGCAGCAGCGAUUGGAAAGGUAUUUAAGCUAUGGUUCUGGCCCCAAGCGCUUCCCACUGGCCGAUGUCCUCCAGUAUGCCUUAGAGUUUGCGUCCAGUAAGCCUGUGUGUACGUCACCAGUGGAAGAUGUUGAAACAGCUCCCCCCAACAGUACGACAGCACCACAAACAACAACAAGACUGGAAAGCCCGACGGAACAGGGACCAGUGGCACCUACAGACUCCCCUUGCACACCUCCUCUUCAGAGACCAAUUGUCCACAAGCCGUUCACGCAAUCCAGGGUCCCGCCGGAAAUCCCAAUGCACCCUGCACCACGGCACAUCACUGAGGACGAGCUGAGGGUAUUGGAAGGUUGUCUACAUCGAUGGAGAACGGAGGUGGAGAAUGACACCAGAGAUCUGCAGGAGAGCAUUGCUCGGCUUCACCGCACCAUCGACCUGAUGUACACGGACAAGACCAUGAUGCAAGUUCCUUACCGAUUGCAUGCCGUCUUGGUGCACGAGGGUCAGGCGAAUGCUGGACACUACUGGGCCUAUAUCCAUGAUCACCACCACGAGAAGUGGAUGAAAUAUAACGACAUUGCUGUUACCAAAUCCUCCUGGGAGGAGCUUGAACGAGACUCCUUUGGCGGCUACCGGAAUGCUAGUGCCUACUGCUUAAUGUACAUCAAUGACACAGACCGAUACUUGAUAGAAGAGGAGUUUGAUAAGGAAACUGGUCAGGCACUGACAGGAAUGAACACCCUGCCCUCGGAUUUGAAAGAAUAUGUCCGAGAGGACAAUCGGAAGUUUGAGAAGGAGUUGCAAGAAUGGGAUGCACAGCAGGAGAAAAAAGCCCAGCUGGAGAAGCUGGAAAUAGACACCACUCCAAGGGAAUCUGCUGCAGCACCUACCUCAGUGCACACAAAAGAGUUGAAAUACUUGGAACAGCCCACAGUGCACCAGCCCUCCAAAAUUUGUGAAGAGGACACAGCACGGAGCAUCUCCAAAACUGCCGCAGAGUGUGAAGACCAAGGCCCAGAGGCUGCACUGCAAGCGGGCUCUGCCAAAGCUUCCCUCAAACCAGGCCCCAGCCAGCGUGUGGUUGAGGUGGAGAUUCCUCAUAUAGGAAGGUUGGUCAUAGAAUCAGAGGAAGGCGGUUAUGAUGACGAGGUCAUGCUGACCCCAACCAUGCAAGCUAUAAUCAUGGCUAUAGGUAAAGCCAGGAAUGUAUAUGACAGACAUGGUCCUGAGGCGGGUUUCUUUAAGGCUUUCACGGCGGAGUACUCGCGUUUGGUGCGGCUGGCUCAGGAGGACACCACCCUGGACAAUGACAACCGACUGAAGCACGUGAUUGUCUACUUGCUUCACAACGAAGCGCCAAAGAAAAUCAUCGAGAGGACGCUGCUCGAGCAGUUUGCAGAUCGCAACCUCACUUUCGAUGAACGGUGUCGCAGUGUAAUGAAAAUUGCUCGGGCCAAGCUUGAAUUAAUCAAACCCAAGGAAGUCAACAUGGAGGAGUAUGAGAGGUGGCAUCAGGAAUACCGAAGGUUUCGAGAAACCACCGUUUGUAUAAUGAUCGGCCUGGAGCUGUUCCAGAGGAAAUGUUACAGUGAAGCUUUGAUUUAUCUUAUCCACGCAUACCAAUAUAACAAAGAGCUGCUGUCCAAAGGCAUGUACAGAGGGCACGAUGAAGAGCUGAUGUCACACUACAGGCGGGAGUGUUUGCUUAAACUGAACGAGCACGCGGCCUCUCUCUUUGAGUCAGGCGAUGACCAGGAAGUGGAGGAAGGACUCGCCAGGAUGAACGAGUUGGUCGUCCCCUGCCUCCCCUUGCUAUUGGUGGAUGAAAUGAAGGAGAAGGACAUUGUGGCAGUGGAGGACAUGAGGAACCGAUGGUGCUCUUAUCUGGGGCAGGAAAUGGAACCCAACCUACAAGAGAAGCUAACGGACUUCCUGCCAAAGUUGCUGGACUGCUCGACUGAGAUCAAGGCUUUCCGCGAACCGCCAAAACUACCUUCCUUCUCCACGCAUGAACUAUGUGAGCGCUACGCUCGUGUGAUGGCGUCUCUCAGUCGAACACCCGCCGACGGUAGAUGAAGAGCAAAGCAGGAAUCUUUUGUCGUCUUCUCGGGAGCACGCUGCAACCAACACAGGACUUCUGUUCAUUUUCCAGUUUUUUUUUGUUCUGAAAUAUGCCCCAUGCCGUCCUGUCACAGGGUUUGCUUGCUGCUAUUGGUUUUACCCAUUUUUACAAAAUAAAAGAAUUGAGUUAAUUGCAACCCAGACAUCCAUUUACCAUAAUGAACUUUCAUGGCUGUACCCGAGAGGACAGACCGCAUAAUGAUUCGGAUACAGCUUGAAGAAAAACAGGCAGAAGAGCAAGCGAGGGAAAACAGCGACUGAUGUACAAAGUAAGAGCUGAACUUCCUAAACGAUGAGGGAUGUCCCUCUCUCAAUUCUUGUCCCACCAAUUUUCUGUUACAGUGUUAAUAUACCAUGCGAUCAAUUACUUCACCAGAAUCACAGUUUCGUCUGCUGAGAUUUACCUUUCCAAGUUAUUCUUUUUGACGGUUGGAGAUAUUAGAGGCGUAGAUGCCACCCUUGUCAUCCCAUCCCCCUCUGGAAAAAUGGCAUCACAAGGCUUGUGAAGGAACUGAAAGAAUA